GAGGGGGUGGGGCGACGCUCUGGAAGCCGCGCGCCCGCUCGCAGCCUCGUUGUAGCACCUCAGGCUCCCGCGGCGGUGGCGGCGCUCGCCUCGGUGUCUCCCGCGCGCACUCCAGCCGCCUCCUAGCGGUGCGGCGCCCGCUUCUACGAUCACUGUCCUGUGCAUCCUUGUGAUCCAGUGCCUCCUAAAAUGACGGACGUGUAAUGUUAGUGGAAUAAAUGGCGUCCAAAGUCACUGAUGCUAUAGUCUGGUAUCAAAAGAAGAUUGGAGCAUAUGAUCAACAAAUAUGGGAAAAAUCUGUUGAACAGAGAGAAAUCAAGGGGUUAAGGAAUAAACCAAAGAAAACAGCACAUGUGAAACCAGACCUCAUAGAUGUUGAUCUUGUAAGAGGAUCUGCAUUUGCUAAAGCAAAGCCUGAAAGCCCUUGGACUUCUCUGACUAGAAAGGGAAUUGUCCGAGUUGUAUUUUUCCCCUUUUUCUUCCGGUGGUGGUUACAAGUGACAUCAAAGGUCAUCUUUUUCUGGCUUCUUGUCCUUUAUCUUCUUCAAGUUGCCGCAAUAGUAUUAUUCUGUUCCGCUUCUAGCCCACAUAGCGUCCCUCUGACCGAAGUGAUCGGGCCGAUAUGGCUGAUGCUGCUCCUGGGAACUGUGCACUGCCAGAUUGUUUCAACAAGGACACCCAAGCCUCCACUCAGCACAGGCGGGAAAAGGAGGAGGAAAUUAAGAAAAGCAGCCCAUUUGGAAGUACAUAGGGAAGGAGAUGGUUCUAGUACCACAGAUAACACACAAGAGGGAGCAGUGCAGAGCCACGGUACAAGCACCUCUUACAGCGUUGGCGCUGUCUUCAGAGAUCUCUGGCAUGCUGCUUUCUUUUUAUCAGGGUCAAAGAAAGCAAAGAAUUCAAUUGAUAAAUCAACUGAGACUGACAAUGGCUAUGUAUCACUUGAUGGGAAGAAGACUGUUAAAAGCAGUGAGGAUGGAAUACAAAGCCAUGAACCUCAGUGUGAAACAGUUGGACCAGAAGAGACAGCCUGGACCACAGGAACACUGAGGAGUGUUCCCAGCAAAGAUACCCAAAGGACAGUAACAAAUGUCUCUGAUGAAGUGUCCAGUGAGGAAGGUCCUGAAAUAGGAUACCCAGUACGCCGUCAUGUGGACAGGACCUCUGAAAGCAUUCUUCGGAAUAGAAAGUCACAUCAUUAUAAGAAGCAUUACCCUAAUGAGGAUGCCCCUAAAUCGGGUACUAGUUGCAGCUCUCGCUGUUCAAGUUCCAGACAGGAUUCUGAGAGCGCAAGGCCAGAGUCUGAAACAGAAGAUGUGUUGUGGGAAGACUUGUUGCAUUGUGCAGAAUGCCGUUCAUCUUGUACCAGUGAGACAGAUGUGGAAAAUCCUCAGAUUAAUCCAUGUGUGAAAAAAGAAUAUAGAGACGACCCUUUCCAUCAGAGUCAUUUGCCCUGGCUCCAUAGUUCCCACCCAGGUUUAGAAAAAAUAAGUGCUAUAGUCUGGGAAGGAAAUGACUGUAAGAAAGCAGACAUGUCUGUGCUUGAAAUCAGUGGAAUGAUAAUGAACAGGGUGAACAGCCAUAUACCAGGAAUAGGAUACCAGAUUUUUGGGAAUGUAAUCUCCCUAAUCCUGGGUUUAACUCCAUUUGUUUUCCGACUCUCUCAAGCCACAGACUUGGAACAACUCACAACACACUCCGCUUCAGAACUUUAUGUGAUUGCGUUUGGUUCUAAUGAAGACGUGAUAGUUCUUUCUAUGGUUUUAAUAAGUUUUGUGGUUCGUGUGUCUCUGGUGUGGAUUUUCUUUUUUUUGCUCUGUGUAGCAGAAAGAACUUAUAAACAGCGAUUGCUUUUUGCAAAACUCUUCGGACAUUUAACAUCUGCAAGGAGAGCUCGAAAAUCUGAGGUUCCUCAUUUCCGGUUGAAGAAAGUCCAGAAUAUAAAAAUGUGGCUAUCUCUCCGUUCCUAUCUGAAGCGUCGAGGUCCUCAGAGAUCAGUUGAUGUAAUAGUUUCAUCUGCCUUCUUGUUGACUAUUUCAGUUGUGUUCAUCUGUUGUGCACAGUUGCUUCAUGUUCAUGAGAUCUUCCUUGAUUGUCACUACAAUUGGGAACUAGUAAUCUGGUGCAUCUCGUUAACACUUUUUCUCCUGAGAUUUGUUACUCUUGGAUCAGAAACAAGUAAAAAAUAUAGCAAUACCUCAAUAUUACUUACUGAACAGAUAAACCUGUACUUGAAAAUGGAGAAGAAACCUAAUAAAAAAGAAGAACUGACUCUAGUGAAUAAUGUUUUAAAACUGGCUACUAAAUUGCUAAAGGAACUGGACAGUCCCUUUCGACUGUAUGGACUCACGAUGAAUCCGCUGCUCUACAACAUCACCCAGGUUGUCAUCUUGUCAGCUGUCUCUGGUGUGAUCAGUGACUUGCUUGGGUUUAAUUUAAAGCUUUGGAAGAUCAAAUCAUGAUGGUUCCGAGGAGAGCAGAUGUGGCCUCUUUUCCAGAGAGAGGGAACUGAUGACGCUGCCUGAGAGCAGUCGCUGACUGCCCGGGAGUCUCAGCUGGGAAACUGAAGUGUUUACAUCAGACUGUCUUGUGCAAUUCUUAUAUUUAUUUUACUUGUUCACUGUUUUUUUUUUUUUUUUUACAUUUACUUUAGUCUUUAUAUUUUAUUUUUAAGCAUUGAUGUACUUAGUUGUUGAAAGGGUGAUAAAACUGGUACCAAUACUUGAGAUCCUGGUAAUUGCUCACAAAUAGUUGACAGAAUAACAAAUUGUGACAACAGAAGCCAUGGCUAAGCUAAGCACUGUUUCUCCAUCGAUGCCGUGAACUUGCCUUACUUGAGAAAAAACUCUAACUUUGGAAUAUUGCAUGGGACUGAGCGAAACACAGAUAGCAUGUUCUUCAGUAAAUCCAGACCAGUCAGGGUUUUUCUUGGGUUAUUUUGGACAAUGCCAGGAUCUAAACUGAUUAAGCUGCAGUUGAAGCACCCUUCAGUAUUAAUAUAUAUAUCGUAUUACAUACAGGUCAACAAGUGCUCUUUGAUGAUAAAACUCUUAAUAGAGCAAUAAUUGUAAAUGGUUACCAUACUGUAAGAUAUUUUGAUAAAAAUUAGUAAUAAUUGUAUUUAUUUGAAACACUGGGCUGUUUGCACAGCUCCGACUGUGCAUGCUCAAAAUGUGCACUUUUUAAAAUUGUUACUUUUACUGCAUAUCUUUAUAGGGGAUAUGUUAUAGUGUACUAGGGCGUGAUAUGGUAUCACUCACAAGUGAAGUGCCUAUUGAUAUAACUAAAGUAUAUUAUGUUUACUCAAGUGAAAUAAUUUUUCCCCCAUGGUACACUAUAGUGUAUGCUGUUCAUACCACACUCAAAUGAGCAACUUAAGGAUAAGGUUGAGAAUAAGUAAAAUAUUCCUCAGAUUGCUAGUUAUGAAAUUAUAUCCAAAUUUUCAUAAAAGACAGCUUCAGCUUGCAAAUUCUGUCCUCCGAACUCAAUCUGGUGCGUUUCCCUUCCCUGCCCCCAUCCAUUUUAUAAGGGCUAUUUUAGAUGUUGUUAACCUGGAAGGUUAACUAGCACCACCCCUUCGAUCAUUUGCCAAGUGUCCAGUGAGAACUCACCAUGUUGGCACGUUAGGUAAAUAGGCAACUAUGAUAGUAUCUUUAUUGGGCCUUGAUUUUAAGUUGUUAUGUUUGUACAAUCAGAAGUGUUUUAGGACUUCCAUGAAACAUGAGAUGUUUUUCAAUUUUUUUUUUUUUAACUGGGCAUCUGGUUUCUAAAACAAAGAAUUUAUUUAAAACAAUCUAGAAUUUUCUUGGUGCAAAGUGUAUCAAGUUGGAUAUCCUCACAUUUUUACCAUGUUUUAAGGAGUUUAAAAUAAUUAAUUGUAAAUAAUUUAUUUGAUUGGUGCAGGUCUGAUCCCCAAAUCGUCAUCUUAAAACCAGGAAUGUGUGGAGAACAGAGCCAUGCCACAUCAGCGUGCUCUUGCCAUUCCUUUGGGCAGCCUCAGCUCAGCCUCACCAUGCAGUACGUUCUUUUUAUGUAGAAGACAACCGGAAGCAUUUUGUUUUAUUUGCCUCUGUGCUAAUAUGUUUAAUAAUGACCAAAGUGCAUUCUGAGUUUUCUCAAAGAAUGUAUUACUGGAGCUUUAAGAACAUACUUAGUUUCUCAUGUGAAAAUUUAGGCUUUGUCUGGUAUGUUUCUUCUUCCUCUAUUGUCUAAUGUUGAGGUUGUUUUUAGGAAUUAUAUUUUAUAAACUUUUUCAAAAUAAGGUACAUACCUAUACAGAACUUAACAUUUUGCACAGAAUAUAUCAAAUAUAUUUUGAGAAAAAAAAAAGUACGGCAUGAGUUCUGUUAGGAGUAAAAGAUGAAAUUAUUGUAUCUCACACACACAAAAAACUUAUUUCAGAAUGGAAAUAUUUUUGAGAAAAGUAGUUGAGUAUAAUGAUUUAGGAAAAUGCUUGUUCCAGGUUGAACUUCAAUUUAACAUAGAGUUGGGAAUUGAUUUAUUAAGUACAGUGUACAUGUCAACAGCGUGUAACAUAUUGAAUUAUGGUCACUUAUGUGAGCAGCAGCAGGAUACUAAAAGGACAAAGUUGUCAUUUCAAGGAAUCUCAGAACAUUAACAAAACUGUUUUCAAAGGAGAAAAAAAAAUCGGCACUGCUGCCUUAAGAAUACCAUGAAUGUAAGAAAUGGUAGCACAUCACAUAAAAUAGAAAAGGCAGUUCAAAGAUAGAAUUGUGGCAGAUGCUGUGUGUUAACUGUCGUUUCUUUGCCACAUGUGUUGUAUUUGAAAGUUUGAACAGCAAGUUUAAAAUAAAGCAUUCUAUGACUGACA